AUUGAUCGCUUGCUCCGGAGGUACUGCAUAAUAGCAUUGGAUCCCUCCCCUACACGGGAGGCCCGAACCACACGGCCCGCCAAGCCGGUCCUCUCGCCGCUCUUGGCAUCACCCAUCCCGGCCCGUAAUUCUUUCAACUUCCUCCUUUUCAGACAAAACUGUUCAUAUCCCAGUUGCCCAGCCAACCUACCAUACAACUGUGAAACUGCACUUUCCUUUCCAGCCUCUUAUGUAACCACCCUCUUCCCUUUUCAUGAAAAUGUCCUCCACAGACUCCAAAAAGCAAGCCAACCUCUCCCGCAUCCGCACCAACCAGCGCCUCUCCCGCGCCCGCCGAAAAGAGUACAUCUCUUCCCUAGAAUCCCGCAUCAGGGAGCACGAAGAAAAGGGGGUGCAGGCAACACUAGAGAUCCAGCUCGCCGCGAGAAAAGUCGCGGAAGAAAACCAGAGGCUGAGAGAGUUGCUCGGCAAGGUUGGGGUCAGCGAGGCUGGUAUAAGAGAGUACCUGCAACAGCCGCCAUCCCAGACGCCCUGUAGACGUGAGGAGCAACAGAAGGACGCAGAGCCUAACGAGUGUUCCAUGGCGGCUGAUUUAAUAUCCCACAUCACCGGCGCAAACACCAGCCAAGUCCGUGUGACGUUGGGAUGUGCUCCCGGAAGGAAUUGUGACGUUGAUGAAGAGGCUAUUGAGAAGACUAUCACUCGACUGAAGGGCUCAACCUCAAACUAAAAAGCAACGACAGCACAUGGCGAUGAAUUCAUAUUUUCCGCUUACUUUGCCAGGGGCAUAGGGGGUAUAACUCAUGAUAAGUAAUAGGUACAAUCAAUGUGCCCAAAUACAAUAAACAAUCAAACCGCUUCUUAAAAAA